AUGUGUCGGGUCUCCUUCCACGCGAGGCUCUUCGGGCCGUGGCUCGCCGCCGCUGCGGUCCUCGUUCUCGGCCAGGACGCAGCAGAUAAGGCAAAGUUUGGUGACCCUAUCAACGUUCUCGGCAGUAUGGAAAGAACCGACCAGGACUUCCAAGACGGCUUAGCGCUAGACCUCUUCUCACCCAAGAACCGCACACUGGUCGUCCAACAGAACCUCACCCCGCUGCCGGGCAACUUCGUGACAGGUACCACGGGCGGUCCCUUCAUGGCUCUCCAGAACUACUCGUACGUCAUCAGCCUCAACGAGACGGCAAACGACCUCAUCGCCAAGAUCGAGAUCCCCUACGACCCGACGGCUCUCGCCACGAUCGGUAUACAAGAGAGCAACACCUACGAAAACAAUACUCGGAUCAUCAAGAUGGCGUCGCUACAGGGCGAGUAUAUCCUGCUCGGGCGGAAGACUGAGGAUACUGCCAACGAGUUUGUCCAGUACGGCCAAGGGGCUACGAGAACGGUCAACGUUACGGCGGGGAACCGACAGGAAGCUGAGUUUAUCGACGGCUUGAGGCUGAGCGUUAUUCCGAGUACCGACAUGGGCAUCAACAUUGAUAUCGUAAAUGGGAUAUCACCGCAGGCUGUUCCGCCGGGGUUGGUGCCGGUUAACAGCUUUGCUUGGGUCGUCAAUUCGAGUUCCCCUGGCGCGCCUAUGCUCGCGGAUAUGAAGUUUCCGUGUAAGUGCUCUUGCAUAAGAUUUGUCCAGCCAGCCCCAGUCAGAGUUGCGAAGAAAGCACUUGGGACUACCAGCGAAGUACUCUUUCAGCUCAUGGCCGGAGAGAUUAUUGGAAUCUUGCCAGACAACUCGGUUACCAUCCCCAAUGUUACACAAGUAGACGGGCAGUAUGUGUUGCUCAUGGUAUCAUAG